AUGUCUGGGAAGGAGCAGCAGCGUGAAGAGUCUUCAGGCAUCCCAUCAAGAAGCUCCUCUUCCCUGCUACCUACCAGCAGUAGGCCCUGCAAGCGGAAGAUUCCCCUGCCGCUUUUUCUGCUGCUGCCAUGGCUGAGGUCGCCCCCAUCGGGGAAGGAGGCACUGACAUGGGAUCGAGCUUCUGAUCCCAUUUGGGGAAUUCCACUCAAGAAGAAUGAAGGCCCUUUUCAUUCUGUCAGAGCCACAACACCUCUUAUUUCUGACCUCCCCACACCUCCUAGCAUCCCACCUUUCUCCUUCCAGCCACCAUCGCACGAAAAGGAAGCCCCAACACCAAUUUGUGUAGAUUCUCCCCCUCUUUUAUACAUACCUACCCCUCUUCCAGUCCCUACCAUCAAUCCCCCUAUUUUAACUGGGCAGCCCAUGACUUCUAUGGCAAUCCCUUCCACCAGCACGGUCAUGGCAUCUGGAAGUUUGACCUUGAAGCCUACUGUACAUGCUGAGGUCUACAUGGACACUACUGCCCCUUCCCAAGCUGUCAUUUUUAGGUCUCCCCCAGGUUUCAGGGUGGAGCAGAGGCAUCCUGCAGGGGUACCAGGCCCCCCAUGUAUGGCUUCAGCCAUCAUCGGUGCUUCAGCAGGCAGAAACGCUGACAGUGAAGCUAUGAACACCACACCUUCCCAGUCUGUCAUUUUCCAGUCUGUCCCUUUCUCUAGGCAGCACCAACAGCCAUUUCACAGGGCUGUUCCUAGUUCUGGGAACACACCACCCAGUGGCAGCAAUGCCUCAGUCCAUGCAUGCCUCGACGCAUUUACCUGCAAGGCCGAACUAGGGGCCAACGAUGGGCAGAGGCCUAACGAGUAUUUUCUAUUGGGAAACCCAGCAGCCUCAGCACAAGAUAAAAUCCUAGUCGCUCCUGCAGCCUAG